CGCCUUGCCAAGUCAGAGCAGUAAGCAGAGAGAGCUCUCGGCAUCAACAACGUUGUUUCGGGAAAGUUUGUGUUGGUCCUUUGGUACAGAAUAAUGGGCAUGACACCCCAGCUGUUUUCCUUUUCAUUUUACCACGGCAGCAAGUGUCCUCCGUAAAGCCAAAAGUGAAAGUUUCCCCCUUAAACUCACCAAGCGGCUUAGUUAUCCAACAACCAGAGUGUACUUUUAAUUGGAACAAAGCAGUAAUAUCUCGUACCAUUUUAUUUUUUAACGUUAAAAUUCACGUGCCCAAAUUCUACUUUUUCCAAAGGCUUUCAAACUGGAGAUGAAUGGAGCUCUCAGGUUCUUUGCCAUUGCCUUUCUACUGGCACUUUGCUAUCAUUGGCUCGGUGAUGAUGAUUGGACAGACAUGGAAGAGGAAACUGAUGAGACACAAGAAGAUUUGAUUAACAAAUUCACUCAAAGUUUUCAUCGCAAAUCAGGAGAUCAGGUUGUGAAAGGAGAAAAUGGGAAGUUUAAAGCAGAUCUUGAAGAGCUACACUCAAGGCAAAUUUUGAUAGAAGAGAUCCGGCACUCUUGUUUACCCAGAUUGGUGUGUGAGUUAUUUGCUAUGGAAGAUAAAUCUUCCUUGACAGACUCAGAAUUGUCUUUGAUGUCAUUGAUCAGUCAAACAAGUCUUGGAACACGAGGAAGUUCAACAUCUAACUAUCAUUUUGCUGCCCAUAUGGGUCAACUUCUUGUUGGGAUUGAUGGCAAUAGUUGUCAACAUUUUUACCCAACCUGCCCAAUUUCAGGCCAUCAAGCUUUGGCAUUGGCUAGAAAGAUCAAAGUUCGCUAAAUUGUAUCUAAAUUAACAAUGAACGUUAAGUACCUCAUGAACGAAAAAACGCACGAACUCGUAAAACAAAUAGCGAAACUUGUUUAUUAGAUGUGUGUUACUUCACCUUUGUCCAUGCGCCAACUUCCGCGCAUCUUUCCGUCCGUUUGAAUUCAUGACUGGCGUGUGAGUUUGUGUAACAAUUAUUUACUAGCAAACUCAUGUCUAGUCAGUUACCCUAAACUAUAGUUUUGAUUGAAAAAUGAAAAGAAAAUUCUUUAUUUUGGUUGUGGAAGUGGAGGCAUCGCAUGUUUUUGCUUACAUUGUAGAGUUUACUGCUGUGAAUAGGGAAAUGAGUAUGAAAUUAUUUGUCUAUUUUUUUUUCAACUGUUGUAAUUGGAAUGAAAUGAAAUCAUCAUCAUAGUA